GGUGAGCAGAGCUGGGGAAACGUUCACUUCCUCUCCUGGUGUUCCCCUGCCUCUCCUUGGCUCUCCCAGGGCCAAUGCCUGAAGGCGGCUGGAGAGGUCAUAUGCCUGUGCAGCAUGCCGGAGGUGGGGGCUGGGAUUUCAAGGGACCCGCAGGCCCUGCGUCAGCGCCGCUGUGAGCUUCAAAACCCGGUGCCGAGGCGGUUGGGGAGGAAGUGGGCGCUUGAGCCCGGCACCAUGUCGGAGCUGCAGCAGCUGCAGCAGUGUGACAUCCCAGCAGCCAGGCAGGUCCUGCGCGACAACCACUGCAAUCUCCACCGGGUCGCUGACUACUGUGAGAGCAACUAUGUGCAGGCGAGUGAUAAGCAGAAGGCGCUGGAGGAGACAAUGGCAUUUAGCACUCAGUCCCUGGCCAGCGUAGCGUACCAGGUCAGCAGCCUGGCCACCACUUUUCUCCAGCUGCUAGACCUGCAGGUGGCCGAGCUGCAGAAGGUGGAGGCCAACAUCAGCUGCGUGGCUCAGAGGAUUGACAUGCACAAGGAGAAAGUUUCUCGACGGGAGAUUGGGUCAUUGACCAUCAGCAAGAGGUUUCCAGCCCACCAGAAGAUCAUAUCACCUCCUGGCCCACCCUGCCUGGAGCCCUACUACAGGAAACCCCUCAACUUUAGCAUCCUGGAUGACAUUGGUCAUGGCAUAAAGGACCACAGCACCCAGCUCUCCCGCACAGGCACCCUGGCUCGGAAAGGGGUUAAGUCAGCCACACAGUCUGCAGGCACCCUGGGGAGGAGCACCCGUGUCCCUGAGCCCAUACAGCCACCUGUGGUUCCUCCGGGAAAGCUCUCCACAGCCUCGUCCACCUCUUCUCUGACAUCGGUCAGCUCAACUGGAGCCCUGGGAGACACUGGUGAAGGCAUCCCUGCAGCACCACCGCUCCCGUCCCUCCCAGGGCCACCUCCCCUGGUUGCAGCCACUGUCCUGCCACCCUUACCUCUCCCCACAGACCUACCCCCCCCCACCGCUGGGGGACUUGGCCUUGCCCUCACUGGACAUCAUCCCCCCAGCCCUUUUUCCCCCAUUGCUUUUUUGGGGGGGGGAUUUGCAGUUUCUGAUAACCUCAAGCCACCGCUGCUGCCACCACCAGCUUUGCCUGACUUUGAGGAUUUCACCCCACCACUGCCGCCAGAUGUGGAGGAGCCCCCCUGGGUCCCAGCGAGCUACCUGGAGAAAGUGGUGACCCUCUAUCCCUAUGCACAGCAGAAAGACAACGAGCUCUCCUUCCAGCCCGGGGCCCUCAUCUACGUCACGCGGAGGUACUCGGAUGGAUGGUGUGAGGGCAUCAUGGGCGAGGAAGUAGGUUUCUUCCCUGGCAAUUAUGUGGAGCCCUUCUGAGUGCCAGGGGUAUGCACCCUCUGCACCCCCAGCCCCUGAUCACCCACCCAGCUCAGCUGCAUCCACUCAUGCUCAGGCUCCAAGAGAUGGGGAGGGCUCUGCUAUGCCGUUGAAUUUUGGCUUUGCACACAUGGUGUUCUGCACAACUCAAAGCUUUUGCUGCAGCAUGGCAACGGCAGCCAUGCUAGGGCUCCAUCUCAGAUGCUGCUACCCUCACUGCUGCACCCUGGCAGCCUCCAGCACCAAGCGCAUCCCCACUGCCUGCUCCCUGCAGCUCUCUCACCCAUGUUUUAUUUUUUAAUUACACCAGAAAUCACUGCUGAUAAUGUGGUGAAGGUUCAGCACUAGGGCAACUCAGCUGUCCCUCAUGCUGCCUGAAACGUGGAGGGCAGCAAGCCUGAAAUCCCUUGGACUAGCCCUGGUGAUGCUCCUGGCCCUUUGGGAGGCCCCAGGGUAUAGCAGAACCAAAGCUCAGAAAUCAUGAAUGAUCAUGGGUGCAAGGAGGAGAGAAGCACUCUAGCAGUAACCCCAAGGAAAAUGCUCGUUGUGCCCAGCUGCUUGAGUAACGGAGAGAGGGCAGGGGGGGCAGCAGCCGAGCCAAAAGAGGCCCAAUCUGCAGAACACGAUUUGUAACCCAGCCCCAUUCCCCCCAUCCCUGCCCCCCAUCCCCCCCACCCCCCUUCUGCCUCCUUCAGCAGCCCAAGGAAGAGAAAUGCCAUGUACAUGCACCUCACAGCCAUUUCACACCCAGGUGUACGUUCUGGAUAAAAAUAAACUGUGUAU